CUAAAAUGCGUGGGCCUCGAUGGUUCCAUGUCCCAUAUAGUUGGGUAUCCCCCCGUCAACUCAAACUGACCACAUCUUAUCCACCGAUCACACGCAUACGCGGAACAUAGAACGCCAGGCACAGCCACUCCACUUAAAAUAUGCAGGAGACACAUAUCGCGGCCGAGGCCGACGACUUCGAGGAUGAUGGCACUCAGUAUGAAGAAUCUUCUGUGGCGUCUUUGACGGCCAGCAUUCGAGAACAUCGAGCCGAAAAUGGCCGUACUUAUCACUCGAUGAGUGCUGGAAAGUAUAACUAUCCAAACGACGAGCGUGAGAAUGAUCGACUCGAUUUUCAGCAUGAGCUCUGGUAUCUCACCCUCGACGGUGAGCUCGCUGUCGCCCCAGCCCAUAAGACGGCAAAGCGCGUCUUGGAUAUGGGGACGGGCACCGGAGUAUGGGCUAUUGAUUACGCGGAUGCAAACCCUUCUGCCGAGGUUAUCGGCGUUGACUUGAGCCCGACCCAGGCCGAAUGGACUCCUCCCAACUGUGUCUUCGAAAUCGACGACUUGGAAAAGGAGUGGACGUGGGCGAAGCCUUUCGACUACAUCUUCUGCCGAACAAUGGAGGGCUCCUUCGCAGACCCGGCAGCGGUCAUCCGGAAGGCCUACAAGGCUUUGGGGCCCGGUGGCUGGUUCGAGGCCGGGGGCUUCGUGCUGCCGCUGGGGUGCGACGACGGCACCCUCGCCGAGGGUUCGCCCCUGCGCCAGUGGCAGGAGCUUAUGGUCGAGGCUGGCAACAAGAUCGGCCGCUCCAUCGAGAGCCCUGCCAAGUACACCGAGGCCAUGGCGGACGCUGGCUUUGUCGACAUUACCGUCAAGAAGUACAUCUGGCCGCUAAACUCGUGGCCCAAGGACGCCAAUCUCAAGGAGAUUGGCAAGUGGCACAACGUCAACCUCGACAUGGGCUUUGAGGCGCUAUCUCUUGCGCUAUUUACGCGCGCCCUGGGGUGGACGAAGGAGGAGGUUAUGGUGCUCUGCGCCGGCGCGCGGAAUGACCUGAAAAACAAGAACAUUCAUGCCUACUGGAACGUACAAGUUACCUAUGCUCGAAAGCCUGAGACGGACGCUGACUAAAAUGCGGAGGACACAACAUCGGCCUAACAGCCUUGAACAGGACCGUUGCUAUGACGAUACAGAAACUUGAUCUCUCCAUGUGUGGCUCGUAGAGAAAGAAAUAACUGGCGUGAUGGGCAGUUGGGGUCCAAAUAAAUUCACUGCAAACAUCGACACUUCUGAAGCUUAAGCGGUGAUGAUCAAAUACCUGCUCCGCAGCUCAUUCGCACUCAACUAGGGAAGUACUAGAUGAUAGAGUGAGUUAUCGAGAUGGGUAGUCAUCAAUAAGAUCAGCCUUUAGGCAGCACAAAUGGCCACGAAUAUA